UGUGUUUCUGACGGAAGGUUAUUCCCAAUUAUUUUAUUGUACGAUCAACGGCUCGCAGCGGUUCGCGUCGGUAGUGCUAUUUCAUGUACCCAUCUUGUCCUUAAUUUUCGCUAGGUCAGAUGAGGAAAAUCUACGCUACCGGUUGAAAGUUUGAUUAUUAUCGUCCGACCGGUAAUUGAGUGUUUACUUGCCGAAAUAAAUUGGCGCUUUGGAUUCUCCCGAGACCAUCAACGCGGAGGCCCUCGGGAUCUUGGCGCUCAGUAUCUUAUGCUGGUCGUACGCCACAAACCGUCAGUCGAAAAGGCGUGAAAUUUUAUGUGAAAGUGAGAGACAAUUAGGUGUUGAUUACUUCUACCCGUGAAAAAAGUGCUCACUCUAGUGUCUUAUGAUCCAUCGCGUCGUUCGGUCCGACUUGCCCAAAUGGUUUGUUUGGGUGCAUCCUAGUACUACGGUGAAGCGAAUAGUGUUGAUUUUCAACGAUGCCAAAGCGUAAUAUUUUUUGAUAACAGAAAUAUAACACCUCCUCUGAGUGUCAAUGGAAAUGUGCUGAAAAUUUGUGUCGAUUGAUUUAUAUUCCCGUGGAAAAAAAGGAAAUUCAGUGUGAAUAUUCACACCACUGUUGCAAUUAUGCACCACUUGGACUUCAGCGGCAUUAGACAUUCCGAUAGCGGUGGCAUCGGAACAGCAGCAGCUCUUGCCGUCCAUGGAGGCCCUAAUAUGGGCAUCACUUCGCCAUAUGAGGCCCUACAUACCGCGGCCACUGGUUCUGCAGAAAUGGCCGUUGACUUCCACCACCACUAUACGCCCACAGAGUACUGGAACACAUCGCCGUACAAAAAUGGAUCCACACCGAUGAAGGAGAUUGAAGCGUGUCUUCAAAUUGUCAACAAAAGUCAGUACAACCCUCUGAAGCAAGUUGAGCAGCUCAGCAUUAACUGUGAUAGUGACGGUCUCCACAGUAAUAAUAAUAAUCUAGUCAGCAAUAACAACAACAACAACAACAACAUAUUAAAUAACAAUAAAAAUCUCAGGGAUGGUGAAAGUGAUCUAGUGAUCAGUGAUCAGUCCUCUAGAAAACUGAAAUCCAGCGCUACGAAUAUAGGGAACACUAGUCCAAAUGAGAGUGUAGGAGGCAGCAAAUCUUCGAACAGCAGCAGAAAAUCCAACGCUACCGAUGAAAAACCUUACCACCCGUCGCUGGCAUCCGUAAUGGUUAUGCUCGAAGGGAAACAUUUAUGGGACAAAUUUCACGAACAGGGCACUGAAAUGAUAGUCACUAAAGCCGGGCGACGGAUGUUUCCUACCUUCCAGGUGAAGGUGGUGGGUUUGGAGUUAACGGCAGAAUAUCUGAUGAUCAUGGAUUUUGUCCCCCUGGAUGAUAAGCGCUACCGAUAUGCUUUCCACACCUCCAGCUGGGUAGUGGCCGGAAAAGCCGACCCUGUGUCUCCGCCCCGCAUCAGCGUGCACCCCGAUUCUCCUGCGACCGGUGCCACCUGGAUGAAGCAAACCAUUUCGUUCGACAAACUCAAACUGACCAACAACCAGCUAGACGAUAACGGACAUAUCAUCCUCAACUCUAUGCAUCGGUACCAGCCGCGCCUCCACGUCUGCCAUUUUUCGCGAUCCGGCUCCCACGAAUCGAUCAAAGACGAGAAGGACACAUUGAGCCAUCGGACGUUUGUCUUCCCGGAAACUUCGUUCACUGCCGUAACGGCUUACCAGAAUCAACGGGUAACCCAGCUUAAGAUAGUGAGCAAUCCAUUUGCGAAAGGAUUCCGGGACAAUGAAACCAAUGAGGACUCCCAAGAAAGAAUAUCAUCGAUGAAUGAACGGGUGAAGAAUGAUCCUGGAACUGGCUAUAAAAAAGACGGCGAGCAAGCGAAUCCCUCGACGAUGACGCCAACGAGUGCAGCAUCGAUGACAGGCCCAUCGUUAUCCCCCAACACCACCAACAGCAAUGGAACCAUACCGACAACCGCCGGCUCCAGCUGCCUAACCGGUGCAAGUGUCUUCCAAUCAUCAUUACUGAGCCAUUCCGGUGGCCUCUCUCCGUACGCCAUCAGUCCGCACAAUAAUCCCCCGAUGUUAACCCAGCCGUAUGCAACGGAAGCUAGCGGAUUUGGUCCCAUUUACCACCACCAUCAUCACCAUGCCCACAGUCCACUGUCCACACAUCAUGGGUCGUAUGUGAGUUCGUUCGACAAGUACGACAAAUACAAAAUGGCUUCAUCCACUUCACCACCGCUUCACACGGGUCAUUCAAUGGCGACAAGCGCCACCUACACCGGUCACUACCAGGGUUUCUAUGGUACCCCAAACCCAAGUCACCAUCAGCUGAUGAGACAAAACAACGGCUGUAUAGAUUUCGUGCAAAGAUAAGCAGACGCGAUAAUGUCGCUACACAACCAAAGAUUGUAAAUAAGCCAAACUAAAACAUAUGAAGUGCCAAGAAAUCUUCUCUCUUAUAUAGGAUAGUAAACAAUGCAAAAGAUACAAAAUCGAAGUGCCAUAUGUAGAUUGUAUUUUGUAAUUUAUUCCUCCCUUAUUUAUAAUACAUUUCUGGAUGCAAUAAA